AUGCGUGCUUCUCCAGUCAUGAAGAAGGACAUCUACAAGACUAUGAAGAAGAUCCCCGUCCACAAGUCUUCUCUCAAGAAAUGUCCUUGUUGCCAAAACAACUUGUCCCGCAAGAAAGAGUACAGCGUCGUUCAAGCUCGCCUGUUCUCCAGUGAAUCAAUUACUACGAUUGCUUCCCAAGGGCUGUACUGUGGCCGAAACCGGUGCAAACUCUACUUCAGGCACAACUUUGUCUGGUUGGGCGGGCAGAAGAUCAAUUGCAUGAGCUUCAAUGAGAUGAAAAAAAACUGGGCUCUACUUUGUCACCUCCAAGACUGCCUUCACCAUGAAGUACCUCGAGCUGUGUUAUCUUCGCCUCUUACGCGCCAAGACAAGGUUUGGGCAGGAAGCGGCAGUUCGCCAAAUCGAGAUGACACUGACAUGUUCUGGGGCCACUCCUCCUUCCGUGAUCAUCUGCUCCAUGCACUCGAAGGUUACGCCCUGGCACGCCGUGACCCAACCAAGGUCAUCGAGGCGUUACUUUCUCCUGUGGAACCUGGUCGGCAAGUCAAGCUCAAGGGUCGCCCUAUGAAGCGUCUCUAUGAGCAUGACCGCUCAUGCCACUGCAAGCAGAAAGAUGCAGUCCGCCAUGUCCUACCUGACCGCACCGCCGGAUGGCAAUUUGCCAUUGACCCUGCAACUGGCCAAGUUCUGGGUGCGUACGAGCAUGUGGUCAAUGAGCGAAAUGAAGACAAAGUUGCUCUACUCAAGAAAGUCUUGGCCAUGCCUUUGGUAUCUGCUGAUCUUCUCCUACAUGACGAUGCUUGCCACUUUGAGGCCUAUGUCCAGAAGCACGCUGGUGAUGCUUUUGAUGGUGUCAAGUACUACCUGGUUGAUU